AUGGAGUCCAUGGAGAUCUAUACCGGUCUACGUAAAUGGCGACUUACAAUACAUCGUAACCCUACACAUCUCGAAGCCCGAAAUGCUGGAAUUCAGGGAAUGGCACGAAUGCGACAGCCCCAAGGACAUUCCUGGUCCGCGAGUUCCCCUACUACAAUAUCAUAGUCAUCAAAUACAAAUCACCCUCAUGCGAUAGGCUCAGCAUAAGCAUGUUCUUCGCCUUCGACAUGUACGAAUGCAUGCAAAGGCUCGGUCUCACUCCAGAUGUGUUCCCCAGCCCCUUCGACCGUAUACCGUUUUCCGACCAACGCAGACACGAAGCAGACCACGCCUAUAUCCCCCUCAACACCCGGUCCGCCGAUGAUCGCCCAUCCCUUGUCUUUAAAUUCGGGCAUCUGGACGCCCUUCACACGCUCCAGGUGGAUGCGCGCUUAUGGCUCGCGGGUGCGGAGGGACUUACGCAACUCGUCCUGGUGAUCGCUUUCAACAAACCGGCCGAGCAGAUGGAGUUUGAAUGCUGGGAACUUCUGGAUUCUGUUCCAUCGCGCACAAAUAGGUCACUGUCGAGUGUAUGUAUCUGAUGGUCUGAGGUGCGUCUGUGAUUAUUACACUGGCGAAGAUGUUUGAUGUAGUUCCUGCUCUUCCGGAUAUUACGGACGAGUCCGUGGUUGCGUUUGCGGACAACGAGGUUUUGGGGUUUGUGCUCGGGUUCUUCCUGAGAUUUGAGUUGAGUUAAUUGGGCAAAUUUUAAACCUCCCCUUCGUUGAUCACUAGCCAGCGCUUAAUGGUGGGAUGUCUGGGUGGCGUUGUAUGUUUUUCAGGAACCUUAGCGUCCAUUUCCCGUUGUUGUUAUUUACUGCUGGACGACUUCAGAUAUUGUACUCCAUCGGCUACGGAACUACAGAUAUCGAAUGUGAUGGGCCGAAG